UAGAUGGAACCAAGAAACGUCAUGUAUACUAACAGUAUUUUUAUAUUUGGUUCUGAAAGGUUUUGUGAAAUAAAGAAAGACGCAAUAACGUCUUUGCCGUUGGAGUUGUCUUGGAAAAUAUUUUCAUAUUUAGAUGACGCAUCAUUAAGGACUGCUGUCAGAGUGACCAAAACUUGGAAGCAAAUUAUAUUGACCAAUAAAAAGCUAAGGCGACGGCUCAAUAUAUUCGAAUUGGGUCUUAAACUUGGUUCUCAUCACUUAGCCAGAUUCCACAAAGAAAAUAGGCAAAAAGUAAAAACUACCAAAAAGUCUACAAAAUACUUGCCUAUUUACCAAAAUUCAGCUAUUACACCUGACAAGAAAAUUUACAAAUCUAAAAGAGGUGGCGAUGUCUUAGUCAUAUGUGCUAAGCGAUUCAAAUUAAACAGCUAAAUAAAAUGUAAUAUCACC